CCUGCUGCCUAGUUGUAAGGCCGAGAGCCGUUGUUCGCAAUCGCGCCCCGCCUUGUUAGAGGCGUGUCACGGGAAGGGGAAGAUGAAGUGUGUACUGAUUACCAGUGAGGGUGCAGAAGUCCUGUUUUACUGGGCUGACCUGGAAUUCAUGGCGAUCCUGCACCAGCGCUUUGGGGCCCAUGAUCAAGGAGGCGAUGAGCCCCCUGCUUUGGAGGACAGCAUCAACACAUUGUUUGCUCCCAUGAUCAUCUCUUGUGCGACUCUGCUAGAGAAGCUAGGGGACACGUACACUUGCUUCUCUGCCGAAAAUGGCAAACAUCUCUACGUGUUACAUAUGUUUGGCGAUUGCCUCUACAUUGCAGUGAAUGGCGACGGCUCUGAGAGCGAGGAUGACUUGCGGCGUAAACUCUAUGUGCUCAGGAGACUGGCGGAGGCUCACUUCGGCCUAGUCACGCUUGACAACCACCUCUUCCGCAGGGAGCUGCGCCCAGUGGAUUCUGAGCAGCGUGCUCACACCUGGGGACUGUUUCAGAGCCUGCUGCAGACCUAUAGCCAGCUGCGCCAGGAUGACCAAAGCUUUGCUGUCGAGGCUGUGGAGCGCCUGAUCCACCCGCAGCUGUGUGAACAGUGCAUUGAGUUCUUGGAACGCCACGUUGUGCAGCACAUCAAUGGCAGCGCAGAGCGUGCUGGGCAUGAAGUCGUGCACGCCUUUCUGCUUGUGCACACCAAGCUGCUGGCCUUCUACUCCAGCCGAAAUGCCAGCUCUCUGCGGCCUGCUGACUUGCUCACCCUCCUGCUGAUGGUGCAGGACCUGUAUCCCAGCACUGCCUCUGAAGAGCAGCCUGUCGCACAGCCUACAGAGGGUGAGCCAAGGCUUCGGAGGCCCCAAAGCAGCGAGAGUAUCCCAGUGAACAACCCUUGUCCCCAUGGAUCUUCUCAGGAGCAGGUAGCAGAUGAUCUCUCUAUGCCUGAGGAGUUCUACACCCCCAAGGCUUCCCCUAGCCAGGAGAGCACAGGAAGCACUGCCUGGGCAGAGGGCUUGGACUCACAGGGCGAGGGGGAGGCAAGUUCUGCUGACAUCCAGAUGGCUGAGGAUUCACUGCAGUUUCUGGUGCCUCCCACAUCAGAGGCUGCCAAUCCACGGAGAGUUUUCUUGGACGCCAGCCUGAAGGAAGGCUACUGUCCCAUGAUGCCGCACACCAUGCAUUGUCUCCCCCUCUGGCCAGGGAUCUCGCUGGUGCUCCUCACUAAGGGCCCCAGUUCCCAUGUGGCGCUUUCCCUCUACCAGCUGCUGGAUGGACUCGUGGUGCUGGAGAAGAAAGUGAGAGAGGGGCAGGAGACCAGGCAACCCCUGCGCUCCCAGCCGCUCCUGUUGGAGCUCCGGCAUCGAAUGGACAAGUUCGUCAAGAAGCUGGGUGGGCAAGAGCCCCAGUUACAGAAUGCCUGGCUGGAAUUCAAGAACAAAGUUUUCUCUCGAAGUGAAGCUGGGAGUUCUGGGGAGCUUCUGCAGGCCUUUUGCAGCAUCCGGCGGCAGCUCUGCUCCGUGUAUCGGCUUCUCUUUCUUGGAUCCUCAAGGACCCAGGGCCUGCCUCAGAGCAUGCUGGACCGGGCACAGCAGCUCACGCAGGACAAGCUCCAAGACUGGAGGGACUUCCUGCUGGUGAAGAGCAAGCGUAACGUCACCAUGGUGUCAUAUCUGGAGGAUUUCCCCGGUCUUGUGCACUUCAUCUACGUGGACCGUACCGUAGGACAGAUGGUGGCUCCAUCACUUGGCAUGGCUGAGGGCUCUAUGUCAGAGCUGGGCAAGGGGCCUCUGCCUGCCUUCAUCAAGGAGAAGGUGUGGUCUCUGAUAGCGUUGGCUCGAAGCUACUUACAGAAGGGCUACACCACUCUGACAGUCCGGGAUGGAGACUACUACUGCACAUACUUCCUUUGGUUUGAGAAUGAGCUGGGUUAUAAGUUGGAGGUUACGGAUGUGCCGGUGCUUUCUGAUGAUUCAGCCCCCAUUGGGAUGCUGACAGGUGACUACUACAGGAAGCUGCUCCGUUACUACAGUAAGAGUCAUACGAACGAAGUGGUGAAGUGCUAUGAACUGCUGACCAUCCACUUGGGCAUCAUGCCAACGGAAUUUGUGAUCCAGCAGGCGCGUGACUUGGCUCGGCAACUCUGCGAGCCCACCCGUAUCCCCCUCCUUUAGGGGCCCUUGCUGGCUGCCUCAGUGCAAUGUGGGGGGUUCCUUCCCCUUUUGGGACUCUGCUGCAACUCGAGUCUCUGCUGCCUUUCCCUCUUUAGGGUCAUGUCUCAGUGUGCCUUUCUAUUCUGCCAUACAGAACCAAAGACCCCUGCGCCAAAGCUUGAUUAUGAAACUGACGGGGCCGCUUUCUUUCGAGGCAGAGCUGCUGACACAGCAUUGCAACUCUGUGUGGGAUUUGGAUCGGGGAAGUCCCAUCCUGUCCUUAUGCACGCAUCUGUAUAGCCUUCUCCAUCUAUGGGGGAAAGGUUCUUAAGCCAGAACAAUGCCCGACCAAGACAGAUGGAAUGCCAUCAGUUGCCUCCCUGUGACAUCCGAAACACACAAUUAAUUUGCUACUGAAGCAGCUAGGAGUCAUCAUGGGAAGGCAUUCCUUGGAGAUAUCACACAGGGGAAGGGUUUGUGAGAACAGGCCCUUGGAACUGGUGCCUGGCUAGUCUUGGCAGCAUCAAGCUUGCCCUGCAGUUGGACAUUCCUUGGUUUUGUUGCCCUAAUGAAAUCUCAUCUGCCCACGGCGGAGGAGAAGGGGUGUAUGAAGGGAGAGAAACUACAUUAAGUUGCCCUGCUGGGGUUACAUCUGAGUAAUUCUAUAGCAGAGGGGUUGACAACUUCUAGGCCAAAACGUGUGAAGAACUAUAUGUUGGCCACCCCUGGUGUAGCAGAAAGGUGUGGUCAAAUGUCAAAGAUGAAAAGUUAGGGAUGGGAGAACAUUCAGGCAUUUUCCUUUCCAGAAUCAGUUUUGGGUUUCUGUGGCAGGAUCUUAAGUCAGAGUGGCUUUGCACAUGUACUUCUGAGACUGAAGUUUGGGUUUUGGUACUUGAGCUGCACGCACACACACACACACACACGCAUGCAAAGUGCCUAUUUCAAGUUACAAACACCAGCCUCAAGGUGGAGAUGGUAAGCACACAUAAGCAUUGUUGGAAACACUAUGCAUACCAAAAUAUGUGGACAUGGUGAGCACUACAUUCUAUGCCAAUCCCAGUACAGGAGGCUGUAGAAUAGAAAUAUCCCUUGAAAUUGACUUGUAAGUUGAUUUUUAAAAAAUGGUAAACUGUAUUUAAAAACAAAUUAGAAUAAGUUAAAUGUUUUGUGAAUGGACUGAAUCGUAAUCUUAAAAAUGAACAUUUCACUUAGUUCAUGACUUCUUCUCCUUACUUUGGCAAUGCAUAUCUUAGAUACAAUAUAAACUCAAUGGCAAAAGCAGGUAUCUAACUUUUAUAAUCAUGGGAAAAUUUAUUUUUUUAAUAAAACAUUGCAAAUGAGAAUAAUUGAGGGGCAUAAGUGUACUGUACAGAAUCCAUGUGAUAAAGCUUUCUAAAAGCUUGUAGCCACAGCUUACUGGUUUUUAUAUAGUGAUCAAGACCCAUGGAUGGCUUAGGGGGUAAAUAGCAGAAUAUAUCUUUGCAAUUCAGAAACAAAAGAUUUAAAGUAGAAAACAAUGAUAUAGAAGUAUUUGGGGUUUUCUUUCACAUUGUGGACAAGAUAAAUCAGAAGCUUACUACAGAUAUAUGUCUAGUCCCUGGUAUUUGUAAUAAUUUCAGCAUUGGAAAAGUGUGGUUUUAAUACGAGAAUAGAUUUUACAAAUAAUGAAGCAAUGAUACAAUUUAGUGAAUGGCAAAGCAGGAUGUCAGGAUUUUUCCAGUAUCUUCCUUUGGAGAAACUACGAGAAUGGCAAACAGGGAUCCUGCUGUUUUUGAAAAUACGUUUUGUAGCUUAAAAUGCAUUUAAAAUGUCUAAAUACUAGGAUGUUUUGUUAAUUGCAGUGUAAAAACUAUGCAAUUAUGUGGACUGGGUUGGCAGAAAAAUCUUCAGACAAUAUCCGAUGCUGAUUUCUCAAAAGAGAAAAGUGCUAGUAGCGACAAAUCGUAACGAAAAUGCUCAUAAGGUCAUCUACAGAUGAAACAUUACUGACGAGAAACUUAGAUGUAUUUUAUACUUGUUGAUGGAGAUAAAGGAGAUGUGUCUUUCAUAUUUGGUGGAUGUAUGUUAAAGGGUGCUUCCAGACAGAGGGUUCUUAAUACUACCAGUCAAAAGCCAUUGUGUAGCUAUUCCAUCUUUCCUGACUUUAACUAAUGUGGUAAGAAAAAAGAUGGAAGAAGCAGUGGAAAAACAUGGAACAGUUACAGACUCUGUUGAGAUGACACACUAAGCCAGUGGUUAAGCAUUUUGAGCUAAACAUUAUGGCUUAGAGUGUUGUGUGAACUAUGACUUAUUGGCCCUAUUCAGAAGACACCUUA